UUUUUAGGGUCAUUUCAGCGGACCACGUGCCCAUGGAGGGGGGUGGCGAGUUGGAUGGCCACGGAGCAAGGGCUGCUGCUGCUGCUCCUCCUCCUCACUAUGGCCUUUGGGGCCAGUACUCGUUGCACGCUGUUCGCCCUGCUGCUGCUGCUCGCCUGCCUGGCGGCCUCAGCACCCUCCUCCUCGCACCACCAGGCGGAGCCCGGCUUUCCACGGGAUCAGGGGGGCUGGGGCGGCUGGGACAGGGUAUUGCUUGGACGCUCCCCCCAAACCAGCUUGUCAUUAGCCGGGGGGCAACCGGCAGCUGCCGGAAAUAAGUGGGAGACGGAGUACUUGCUGGGGAUCAAGAGGCUGCGGAGGUUGUAUUGCAACACUGGCAUCGGAUACCACCUGCAGGUCUGCCCGGACGGAAGGAUCAGCGGGGUCCACCACGAGAGCCAGUACAGUCUGUUGGAGAUAUCGACUGUGGAGCGAGGUGUUGUGAGUUUGCAUGGCGUGGAAAGCAGAUUCUUCAUAGCUAUGAAUAACAAAGGAAGGCUAUAUGCAACUACGUUUUUUCAUGAUGAAUGCAAAUUUAUGGAAAUUUUGCUACCCAACAACUACAACACAUAUGAAUCCAAAGCAUACCGAGGGGCCUACAUAGCACUGAGCAAACACGGGAGAGUUAAAAAAGGCAACCGAGUGUCUCCUGCCAUGACAGCAACUCACUUUCUGCCAAGGAUAUGAAAAGCAAAUGAACAAACAAACCUCAAAACAAAGCAAAUUAUUAUUGUUAGGCACUAUAUUUUGCACAUGUGAAUACAAUCCCAGGUAAAAUAUUUAUAAUUUUACAGGAUAUAUGUAUAUUUGGUUAGAAAUGUAUUUGUACUGCUCCUGUAGUGCCACUUACGCAUUGCUAGCCUGCUGAUUGUUGUGUAUCUGAUAAAAAAUAAAGGGACUUCUGGGUGGGAGAUGCUGCUACUGGUUAUAGCUAACAAAAUGUGUUUACUUUGUCAUACUGAUAACAAAUGUAUCUUCGUUAUUUAGAAAUGCAAUGAAUAGUUUUAUUACCUCAUAU